AUAUAAUAAAUAUGUGGUACAACUAUUUGAGAAGAGACCAACCAUACCUCCGUUCUUACAGAACCCAUAACUUGUGGCUUGACCAGUAUCAUGUCAAAAUUAGGACUCAGAGGCACACCCCAUUCCAUAUUAACUUUUUCAAGAGAAUGGCUAAGACCUACUCAGGUAACAGAGUUAUGGCAAAUCUCUGGGGAAUUACAUUUAUUGGAAUUGUCAAAUUCCUGCUCUCUUUCAAAGAGAAAGCAGAGGAGGACAAGACCCAGGCUGAAAUGUAUAAUAGACUCCAGACCAUCUACUCUAAGAAUAAAUUCGGAUUUCAGACUAGAAUCAUGAGCGACUUCGAUCUAUUGCUAGAAGCAGCAUUGAAUGAGAGAUUUAUUGACGAGUCCACUGGCUACUAUGAUGACCCAAUUUUCCAAAAAGAAAUCGAAGAUGUAGAAGCUGGUUUGACUUCAGAUAUGAGUGAAUCUGAUAUUAAUCAUGCCAUGAGAGACCCAGAUGAUGGACAUCAUGGAGGAGCCAAGUGCACAAGACUUCCAGGAAGAUGGCCAAGCAACUAUGAAAAGACUGAUGCUCUUUCUAUUUACAAAGUAUUGCCAAAGGGCCAAAGGGAACAAUAAGGAGUGAUAUAAAUCAAUAUCUCAAAGGUUGAGGGGUU